UUGAUUUAAUUUCUGCAAACUCGUGCUCAUACAUUUGCUUCUUCACUUCCCAUCCCCCCUCCCUCUUCCCAAACCCUAGAAAAUAUUCUAUCAGUUGCCAUUUUCGUCGUUGGUGGAAGCGAGCGUUGGUGGGCGUUGCUUUCUGGUGGCCAUUUUCAUCGGAAGGUGGCGGCAUCUCCCCCGCCGUGAACUCGAUGCUUCUUCGCUUCCUUAAGGAUCACUAUCAAGAAGUCGCCGCAAGUAUCGUCCUGUCUUGGCCAAUGAUCGCGCGGUGCUCGAAAUGUCUUCCAUAGAUCCGGGAUCUACUUCUUCCACUUCUGCAUUUACAGAUAUUCCUUUUAAUCUCAGAAACUUGUGCCUACCGGAAGAAUUGGGCGAUGUUUUGACCUGCUGUUGCUUGCGAUUGAAACAAAAGCUUGUUAAUAAAAAAGGAGUAAUAGUUACCUCCAAGGUGCCGGAAACGGGUUUGACCUUAGAACCAACCUCCGAUGCUAUUCCCAAUCGCGAUGAAGUCCAGGAGGUGGAAAACAAAGAAGCAGAAAAUGUUUUACCUGACAAUCAAGAAAUAGACUUAGUAGGAUCUACUAAUGAAGAGGAUGCACUGGAUCCAGAGAAAAUGAGGCUGGAGGAAGCAGCAACAAAGGCACAAGCUGCUUUCAGGGGUUAUUUGAUAGAUGAAAAUGUACAAAGGGAAAUUAUAAAUCACAGAUCAUUGAGGCAUCCCAAUAUUGUCAGGUUCAAGGAGGUCAUACUAACCCCUACACAUUUAGCUAUUGUGAUUUGUCUAGACGAGCUACUCCAAAAAGGAUAUGGUCUGGGGUCUGGAAUUUCCCUAUUCAUAGCAACUAAUAUCUGGCAUUUAGGCCCACCACUAUUAAUAGUGGACGUGGAGCUGAAUUUGAAGGUGCUGUUAUUGCUCUACUUCAUCUCCCAGCUGCUUCAUCGUAAGUACAGUGGAAACUUCUUUGUAGAUCUAUUGGGAAAAUGGAAGGAAUCUGAAUAUGGGGGUGGUCAGUCUGUACCUGUUGGGGGAAUUGCGUACUAUAUCACUGCACCAUCCAGGGCAUUAGUUGCUGGGCACAGGCUGCGAGUUCAAAGUUUUUAGCUUUCGGUGGUUUCGAAAAACCCCUAGUAAUUACCGGCGGUUUUCCAAAACUCCUGGAAAUAGAGGAGGUUUCACAAAACCUCGGUUAAUUCCGGCGGUUUUAGAAACCCCUAGAAAUAGGGGCAGUUUUGUAGAAAACCGUCGGUAAUUUUGUGACGUUGGUUUUCCCAAUGGUUUUUGUAACUGCGGGAAAUGUAUUUUCUGGGAGUUUUAAUCCCCAGUAAUGUCAAAAAUAACCCCUACUAAAAUUAUAGAUUUUUGUAGUGAUAUAAGUCAAAUUACCCGUUAAAUAUAUUUUUGUCAUAUUCCAUA